UAAUAAGUCGAUGAACUUUUGACUUUGUGUUGAAUCAAAUGGGACCGCAAUCUUGAAGCAAUCUAGUAGCGAACAACGAAAAAUCCAAGGUUUUGUGUAGAAAUAUAGCAGGUAUAAAGCUACGGUUUUGAUCACACCCAAUGAGUAAACAAUGCAAAGAACUUGGAUUAAUAACCAUCCCAUAUCGGAUCGAAUCGAAUCAAAGUUGAUUGGUUAAAUGUAUAAGCAGUUCUUGUUCGUGUCCCCCAAAAGAUCUUGUCCUCCAACACCCAUGACAGAAUUUCUCAUCUUUUCAAAUGCCCCCUUCUGGAUCCGAGAGGGAUAAAUCCCCUUCAAUUUUUAACUGGUUUGUGCUUUUGUGGAAGCUUUGUUUCUUGGAAAUGGCUAUUGUUAUCAGCGUGCUGUUGUUGAGAGCUCUUAUCUUGUUCAUCUGGUUGGUUUCCUCUGCAUUUGGAGAGAGAUCGUUGAGCUGUGAUUCCACGUCGCCUGAUGCCUUCGGCUUCCAUUGCAAUGGAAACGAGGCUCUGGUGCAGUGCGGAACAUUUGCAGUUCUUUUCGCGAACUCGCAGUUUUCGUCUCUCUUUAACCUCAGCUUUUACUUGGGGAUCAACCAAUUUGCCAUUGCUGAAAUCAAUGGCUUCUCUGCUGACACAGAGUUGCUUCCUUUAAACCAGCCUUUGCUGAUACCCAUUGAGUGUAAGUGCAAUGGCAGCUUCUUCCAAGCUGGGUUGACAAAAACUGCCAUUAAAGGAGAGAGCUUUUACAGUAUUGCUGAAUCACUGGAGGGGUUAACAAGUUGCAGAGCAAUAAAGGAGAAGAAUAUGGGGGUGUCGCCGUGGGGUCUCGGUGACUCCGCUCGGUUACUGAUACCAAUGAGAUGUGGCUGUCCAUCUUCCUAUGCAGGUGGUGGUCCAAAGCCAAGGCUCUUGAUUUCCUACCCUGUGAGACAAGGUGACACACUUUCCAAUUUAGCUACAAACUUCAAUACAACUCCUGAAUCUAUUAUAUCUGCUAAUAGCAGAUCCUUAGCUACCUUCAAACCAGAAAGGCUUGAACCGUUUUCAACCCUUCUGAUUCCGGUGAAUGGUGAGCCGAUCCUCGGUUCUUUGGUGAAACCGCAUCGGCCCGAUUUACGUUCUCCUUCCACCAGCAUCCCCUCAAUCAACUCACGCAAGAAUACAGCAAAAAUGGUGCAUUUUGGUGUUUACAUUGCACUUGGUGGUGUCAUACUUGGGGUGAGCAUUGCUGCAAUGGCAUGCUUUUUGGUAAUCAAGCUGAAGAAAAACAAGCAGAAGAAGACACAGAAGUCAUAUGAAAGAGGUGAAAUGGAGCUACAACAGCUUAGUCUCAGUAUUAGAACGGCAAGCGACAAGAAAUUCUCUUUUGAGGGAUCUCAAGACACUUUUGAUAGUCACCUCCUGGAAUCAAAUGCAAGCAAGAUGCUCAUUGCGAUGUACACAGUUGAGGAGAUCAGGAGAGCGACCGAGAAUUUCAAUACGAGUAAUCAGAUAGAGGGAUCGAUGUAUCAAGGACGUCUCAACGGGAAGAACAUGGCGAUCAAGAGGACGGAGAACGAAACCGUCUCCAAGAUUGAGUUUAGCCUUUUACAUGAUAUCAAACAUCCUAGCAUAUUGAGGCUUUUGGGAAUAUGUUUAACCGAGGAUCCUGAUUCGUUUCUGGUUUUCGAGUAUGCAAAAAAUGGAUCGUUGAAGGACUGGCUUCACGGUGGAUUGGCAAUGAAAAACCAGUUCAUCACCUCUUGCUAUUGCUUCUUAACAUGGAGUCAGAGACUGCGGAUCUGUCUGGACGUCGCAGCCGGGCUACAGCAUAUGCACCACGUUAUGAAACCGGUUUACGUUCACCGCAACGUAAAGAGCAGAAACAUUUUCUUAGAUGAGGAUUUCAAUGCAAAGAUUGGGAAUUUUGGAAUGGCAAGAUGUGUUCAAAAUGAGAUUGAAGACCCCAAAUUCUGUUCUUCCAAUCCAGCCUCUUGGAGCUUGGGUUAUUUGGCUCCUGAGUACAUUCACCAAGGUAUAAUUUCCCCAACCAUUGAUAUAUUUGCUUAUGGGGUUGUUCUGUUGGAGGUUUUGUCUGGUAAAACACCAAUAACAAAGCCAAAUGCCAAAGGAGAAGGCAGUGUAUGGCUAACAGAGAAGAUCAAGGCCAUCAUGGAAUCAGAUAAUGCAGCAGAUGAACUGAGGGAAUGGAUGGACAGUGCAUUGGGGGAUAGCUAUGCACUUGAUGCUGCUUUCAAAUUGGCAAAACUUGCCAGAUCUUGUGUCGAGGAAGACCAUUCGUUGCGUCCGAGCGCAGCAGAAGUUUUCGACAGGUUAUCGAGAUUGGUCGAAGAAUUGCCCGAAGGCGAUCAGAGCGUAAGCUGCGAAAGCUCCACAAAGCCUCUUGUGAAGGGGCUGCAGGCUUCUGAAACAAAUCCAUAAACAAACAACCUCAUUCAACUCAGCCUU